AACCUCUUCCAGAAACAGUGCUGUACUGUAUCUGAAAAAGUAUCACUCUCAAGCCUGGCGUUUAGGUACCUGCUCGUGUGGUACAGGGACGGGAAGGGGGGCCGUGAGCUUUCCCCGAAGGUCGGAUGUGUCGCAGCCCGUACCCGCGGGACAAGUGUCCCCAGCUCUCUUUGGCCUGAUGAUAUCAGACAUGCUGAAACCGUGCGUAAAAGUCCUUUUCCUUUCAGGAAUGGCAACGGUGCCACGGGUAAAAGCGCAGCUCUUCCCACGCCCGAGCUUAGGAACGACACGUGGACACGAGAGCCCGGUCGGCAGCGCGGGGAAGUCCGCGCCGGGCCGCCCCCACCGCCCACCAGCGCUUAGGGUUCCCUGGUCCGCUUUCCGAUUCCCGGUGUAGGGUGGACGCCAGGCAGGCAGGGCAGUGCUGGAAAGGGAACGCACCCGACGCUCGACUUGACCAGCUGUUGAUGCUUUGCUCUUUGCUCCGAAGUCAGGUCUAGCCCAAAGUCUCCCCACCACAGACAGGGCCCGCAUCCACUGGGAUUAUCCGGCACCCACACGCCACCAGCCUCCAUUUUGACCUAAUGUGUAAUGUGCACAUGGCAGCCGUGUCCAUGAUUCUUUCCGAUAGUAAUGAAGUUCUAGUGCGCGAUUACAUUGGACCCAUCUGAAUCUUCCCUAAACUGUCCGCUUUACACCCUACGUUAUUUCCAGUUCCUGUCCAUGGCGAGCGUGCCCUGCUAGAAUAGGACCAGGAUGUGUAGCAGUGGAGUAUCCUGACUUUAUAAAGUGCUUUGAGACACCGUCAAGACCAAAAAAAAAAAAAAAAAAUGCCCUUUUCAUUGUUGUUGCUCUCAGGUACUCUCAAAUUCGAGAAUGAUAUUCUGUGCUUUUAUAAUGCUUGCUGCUGCAUUUCACAGUUCUAAAUCUUCAAUUGCAGUAGGAAAAAAAACCUUAAAAUUUAUGGCAAACUUAAUGUGCUAGACACUCUACUAAGCAUUCAUAUACCUUUAUAUGUAAACUGCCCGAAGUGGAGUCAGACUCCACGACUUCCUAGCUGCCUUGUGUUCUAACUUCUCUCAUCUUCAAGUGGAGGGCAUAGCAGCACCCAGCUAAUGAGGUGAGUGUGCACUUGAAAAGACUCCAUACAUAAAAAACGUACAAGGAGUGGUGAAUAAGUUCUGACUAUCAUGAUCAAUAUGUUCUUUUUUUUUUUCUCAUUGUACACCUCAAAAGAACUGAAUCGCAGAGACGUUCACUUGUCCCAAGUCACAAAGCUAGGCAGCGGCAAAAUCAGGAUGCAUACCUAGGCCAGACGGACUCUAGCAAACGCGUUCUUCCUAACCUCACCCACUGCAAUUAAAUCACUGUAUUAAUUCACUUCAAGUAAAAUAAGUGUCUUCAACUAAUUAAUACUUAAAAAUUGUCCAAACACCUGUAGAUUGAAGUAAAUUAUUCUCUUAAGAAAGCCCUCCUGUGUUAUAUAUCAUCCAUUUGAAACAGAAUUUAUGAAACACCUUACUAGGAAAUGAUCUAGGCCACUAUGGUCUCUGACCAUACGGUGGUCCCCAUGGGCACAAUAUGUAUUAGUGCCUUCACAGAUGAUAAAGCUAAUAUCAGCACUUUUUGAAUGAAUGUGCACAUGGUAGUAUUCCUUUGAGUUGAGGGAAACAUGUUUAUGUUCCGUGGAUGACACUGCACUGUGUGCCUCCGUUUAUCUUGAGGAUUUAAGACAUUCAUCUUAGUUCAAGGGGUUCUGAGUUUGUGAACAAGUUUCAUGCACAGAAAAAAAAUGAUCUCUAGUCAGAUAAAUUCGCGAAGUGGAAAACAAACGACAGUCGUUCUACCGUGUAACUUGCCAGAGCUUUUAUGACCAUAACAUCCCAAACUGACUUGACCAAGGAAACGAUUAGGGACAAGUGCUCCAGGAAUGACAUUUAGGAAAAUGGUGUUCAAUUCCUACAACCAGGGAUUUUGUGCUCUCGGCCUCCACUCUGGUCCGGCAGAGACGCUGUUCUUUGUGCUCUCGCGGCGGCUGCUCUGUCCCCCGGCCCCCGCACCUGCCUCUCACGGGGCCUCCGUGCUGCGGCUCUGGUAGCGCGCCCGAGUCCAGGCUCAUGCGCUGCUGAUGCCCGGCACGUUGGUCUGUAGGUCACAGCAGCGCGUCACACUGCCUUUCUUCGGAGAAUAUUUUGUAGUGACUCGUGGGCCUCUUUGUAGUGACUCACAGUAACUCACGCUGUCAUCUCCAAUUGGUUUGCCCUCUGCACCACUGGAAUCAUUCUGUUUUAAUGUUGGCAUAACCACUGAGAUUUUACUUUUCAUUCUAAACAGAUUUAAAUGUCAGUAUAUUGGUGGUUGUCCGUGAAUGAAUCUGUGAACUUGAGAUGGUACUGAAACACUUAACACUUGGUUUCUAUUUUUUAUUAAAUGGUCACACUUAUUUCUUUGGUACUUGAAAUCCAGACAUUAAUAUGCUUUAUUUUGACGGUCACGUUUAUUUGGUUUUUGUUUGUAUUUCUGUUUUCCAAGGCCCUUGGGAAGAGGAGAGGCAGAAUGACUGUUUCUGCUAAAUGGAAAAAAUGGCUUUCGAAAAACAUACAGUUCUAUAAUACACCUACAGAAUCUGUCUCUACUCAUGUAUAUGUGGCCUUUAUCUGUUUCCCCUGGCAGCAUACUUAUGUACCCCCUCACGGGGACACUGGCUAAUAUUGGAAACUUGCAGUGCCUGUUACCGUAUCGUUGUUGUUAAUCAAAGAGCUUAUAAUAUCGUCUUUGAGGGGAGACAGGACUUGUGAAAUAAGCAAAGCAAAUGUACAAGGCAAUCUAAAUUAGAGGCCAAAAUGUGGGUUAGAGUGUAGACGUAAAUGCUGCAGUAGUCCUAAGAGGCCAGAAAUUUUCAGAGAGAACACAGGCACCUGCACUCUGCCGCAAUAGGACUGCGAUACACAGAAUGGCCUUGGAAGCGUUUUUAGGCAAGUACAAAGCGAGAGCAAGGGUUUGGAGCUCGAAGGGAGCCUCGUGUUUAGGGGGAAAUUUGUCUCAAAGCCAGUGGUAGUGGUGUUCGCCGGAAUUGGUGAUAGGAUGUAGCAGCUGAGCAAGAAGAAGUCCAAGGCAACUGGGUGAUAGGUUUGGAGUCUGCAGCGUCAGGCGAGCUGGUGUCGCCACGGAGCGCAGUUGGGACGCGGCGAAGGGGAAGGGGCUCCAUGAAAGGAGAGAGCCCUAGAGACCUACGAUGGGCUCCGAGUCACCUCCAUUCAGGGUGCGACGGCCGGUGCGACUGUGAUGCUCUUGAAUUAACCACUAAGAUCAGAGCGUUUCCUAACUCUAUAAAAAAUAUUUUCUAUUUCUAGGAAUGGUGAACUAACAGUGUUUAUGGGGAAAAAAGUCAGACUCAGAUUGUUGUCCUUGAAAAGAGGACUUGGUUUAGCUCAGUUCGUUCUGGCGUUUUCCUGGGCUGCAUCAUCCUGCGUUCUGGUAUCUCAUUAGCUGGAUCCGGGGGCAGAGAAUCCUGAUGGGGUUAGAGCCUGCUCUGCCUGAUGGAAAGACUUUGCUUCCUUUAUACCACUCAGAAGGCAGAGGGGUUUUUCUGGCCUUCCGACUUGGGAAAUCAGAAAAGCCCAACUGCUAUAAGUAACCUUUCUCAGUAAGCUAAUAAAUAGGUCGUUUGUCCUUAAAGCCAACUUUUAAUUUCAAUUUAGCAACGCAUGUGAUUCACCUUCACUGUCUUUUACGAAUGGAGCUGUUUGGGAGGGACUUUUACCUCGGGAAUGUGCACACACUGGUCCGUUGUGAUACUGCUUUCUUGCCCACAAAAGUGCUCUUAGGCACAGCCCUGCGCACACUCCGUCCUGACCACACUUUGUCAGAUGCUGCUUUGGGAGACCGCUGCCUGGCUUCCUGAGGAGCUGCCUGCUUUGCAGUCAACAGUUAGCGUCACCCGAGGCUCUGCUGAGCGUCACCUCGGGGCCCUGCAGGGAGCUUCGGGUGGCCUCUGUUCUAUCUAGGCUGUGCAAGGAGACAUAUAUGAGUUUUGGUUCUGGUUGGUCGUUGCUAGUACCAGGUCACCUUGCUCACUGGUGAGUUCAUUCCGACCCAGAAAAGUCACACCUGUGUCCUGUGCGCGGGCGCUGCAGGCUUAGGUGGAGAAAAGCAGGGCUAGAAUCGGAACCCAAAGCCCAGAAUGGCAGGAGAGGAUGCGGGGGCUCCACCCGAUCACCUCUGGGUUCACCAAGAGGGUAUCUACCGCGACGAAUACCAGCGCACGUGGGUGGCCGUCGUGGAAGAGGAGACGAGUUUCCUAAGGGCACGAGUCCAGCAAGUUCAGGUUCCCUUAGGUGACGCAGCCAGGCCGAGCCGCCUUCGGGCCUCACAGCUCCCUCUCAUGUGGCAACUCUACCCCGAGGAGCGCUACAUGGACAACAAGUCCCGCCUGUGGGAGAUCCAGCAUCAUUUAAUGGUCAGGGGAGUACAGGAGCUGUUGCUUAAGCUUUUGCCUGACGAUUAACCUGGUGCUGGGAUUCUAGGAAGCUAUGCUCCUCUGUUCUGUUCAGCACAUGGCAAUCGCUUCAUCCACCACCGCAGUGCACCCACCGGUGGGCCU